AGCAAGUGCUACAUACAUUGCACAGUCUAGGACCCCUGCCUACCCUCUCACACACACAUGCACACACACAAACACACACACACUCAGGCAUGUCACACUCCACGACCUGCGGCAUACAACAUGAGAGACCUACCUGUCCUUUACUCCUGGCUGGAUACUUGGGACGAACAAUGCGUUUUGCAGAAGAAGAGUAGGGGGGAUUGUAAUGUGGCUCAGUUUUGAAGGGGCGUUGUGUGAAAGGAUGUUCAGCAGGAGACCAGAGCAAACUGAGAUGAGGGUAGAAGGGACCAUGGUUAUGUUGAAGAUCUCUGCUUUCCUUGUUGCCUACGCCCUGGUCAUUUGCCAGAUGUACUGCUCACAAGCCGCCCCUGCCAGACCGGGUUUAGAGUCCAUGUCAGACCGAGUCACACUCACGGACUACGAGGCGCGAAGGUUACUCAACGCCAUCGUCAAGGAGUUUGUGCAGAUGACGGCGGAAGAGCUGGAGCAGCAGGCGACUGAGGGAAACAGCAUGGACAGGCCUCUAACCAAGCGCUGCUCCAACCUCAGCACCUGUGUGUUGGGCAAACUGUCUCAGGAGCUGCACAAGUUGCAGACAUUCCCUCGCACGAACGUGGGAGCAGGAACGCCCGGCAAGAAGCGCAGUGCGCCUGAGAGCGACAGCUAUGCAAUCUACGGCGAGACGUUUGACAGCAUCUAACCCCUCCUCAUCAUCCACCCUCAGCCUCUCUCUUACCUUUCCCUCCUCUUCCUUUCCUCUCCUCCUCUCCUGUCAUUUUUCUCUCCUCAUCCCAGUUUCUUCCUUAUCGAUUGGCAAGUGCAUGCUGAUUUUACCUGCUUGACUGACAUGAGAAGAAUUUUAACUGCAACCAACUUUUCAUUUUUUUCUCUCCUUUCCCUUCUCCUACAACCCUCCAUCUUUUUUUUUUUUUUGCCAGGGAAUGAUUUGUUCCUAUUAUCUCAGACAAUCAGACUUAAUUUUCACAAAUGUAAUUCAGGAGCUGGUUCAUACAUCUGUGUACUGUACUUGGAGUCAUUUGAUGGCAUUUCAAAGCCCUUGAAAUUUAAGAGUUGAGAGAGAUCACUUAAUCAAACUAGUAAUAAAUGAUCCACUCAUGCGACACCAUGUUUGUUGUUCAAUAAACGUAUUUUUCUACCACUAAGUCUUAGCUCAUUUUCAUUCUUAUGGACAUAAAAAUCAGUCAGUGGGUACAUGUGAAUACACUAGUGUUAGAAGCCUUAAUGUUAAAUCUGAGGCUCUCACCAAGUCCAAAGGUAAGAAAAACUCAAAAUGCAGAAAAUACAUGAUCAAACCCUGCAUGCUUGAUGUAGAUUUUUAAUCUGUACAUUCUAGUAUAAUGUAUUUCCUGUGCUGUGAUGAUAAUAAAAUGAACUGUGUGCAGAUA